UCUGCUUGCACUCUUUGACCGCCCAUGUCACAUCUGUGUGUCUCGCUCCCUCGCAUCACAUUCCAAGACUUAGAGAAAAGUGGGUAUUAGCUGCAUGAUCAUCAUGAAUAGGAGAAUUGUCCAGGAAAUUUUGCCCGUAAUUGUGAUAGGAUUUCUUAAUGAGUGGCUACUCCGUGUAUUCAUUUUAGUCAGCCUCUUCUCACAAAUAGAGCUCCUCCUCCUGGGCAACAGGAGAAAAUAUACACCAGGAAACUGGCUUAGAUCCAUCAUUUGGCAAGCUUACGCAACAAAAGAUGCGAUAAUUGAUAUUUUUAUUGGCGUGCUCUUCAAGUGCCAAGGAAUCAUCACAACAAAACGACAUGAUAAAGGCAUUUUGGCUACCAUUUCUGCUACAGCACCUUGGAGGCCCGGACACCAUCACAGCCUUUUCUUUAGAAGACAAUGAAUCAUGGAAAAGACAAUUCAUUCAGCUACUCUUGAAGUUUGUGUGGGCAUCGAGCAUCUUUUUAAGGUCCUGGAAGAGCAGACCACUCAAUAUUAUAAGCAUGCCAAUGUUUGUGACAGGACUGAUCAAGUGCGGAGAGAAAACUGGGUAUCUAAGGUCCGGAAGCUACUAUCAUUUUAGAAAAACCACGAUUUCUCAUCCACUCCCGGUCCCGGUCCCGGUCCCGGGCCCGGAACUGGACCACCCGACCAGGGGCUGUGCUUGUGCCGCAUUCAUGGCAGAGUAUGAUGGGGUCAGUUAUGCCGCAUUGAUCAUGACAGAGUGUGAUUGCAAGAAAGCUGAGGGAUAUUGUGUUUCAUGCCAGCCAGAAAGUGAAAAAUCUGAGGUGGAGAAUACACCUUCGCCAGACCCCAGAAAUGAAAGUGUCCUAGUUGCAGCCCCUUUGCAAAAGGCUUUUGAAUUCUUCCCCAAGUUCAAGCGUUUAUUUACAGAUGUCGUCCUUGGGCCGACAGAUCUUGAACAAAGCAAGUCCUUCUUCAAUAAUAUAUCUUGGAAACAAGCUUUCGAAGUGAUUGAGAUUGAGCUUGGGUUCAUUUAUGACAUCUUCUAUACCAAGCCAAUGAAGGUUUAUGAUGAAUGGGGUUUGGUACGCCGUUUCAUCUGUCUAUUUUCAGAAAUCUCAACAUUCAUCGGCUUCAUGAUAAUUGACAAGCAUGAGUACUCAACUACUGACGUGAUUAUAACAUGGUUGUUGCUGGUUGGAGCAAUUGUUCAGGAGAUUUAUUCUAUUAUUCUACUGUGUUCCUCUGACUGGACCAUGAAUUGGUUGAACAAGCAAGGAAAAACACGAGUGACUCGGAUCUGCAAAGCCAUAUCGAGUUGCCGACUACCUUAUCUCUUCCCUGCAAACAAGAGAUGGUCUGAUUCCAUGGCACGGUACAAUCUAAUAAGUUACAGCCUCAAAAAUUUGCCUAUCAAGUUCAGUGACGUCUGGAAGUUCUUUUGCAUUCCUCGGAUGUUGGAUGAAUGUUCUUCUAAGAAUUCAGAUGUCCCCAAAUAUUUGAAAAUUUUGAUCUUUGAACAGCUUCAGGAGAAAUCAAGGCAUGCCCCAGGCAUUAAGGAAGCCAAGGAAUUAUGUGCUGACAGAGGAAAACGGACCCUAGAAGAGAUGAAAUGUUUCUCUACAUUACAUUGGAGCGUUGAGCGAGAAUUCGAUGAGUGCAUUCUCGUCUGGCACCUAGCAACUGAUCUCUGUUACGAUACUGAUCUAAACAAAAAAUCAAGCCCUGCCAAGAACUCAAACCGUGAAGCAAGCAAGCUGCUAUCAGAUUAUAUGGUGUAUCUUCUGCUCAAGCGCCCCCUUAUGCUGCCUCCUGGAAUUGGACAAAUCCGAUUUCGAGACAGCUGUGCUAAGGCCACAAAGAUUUUUCAGACUGUAAAAGAUAGAAAUAUCCAAUCUUGUAAAAGGUUUCUUCUUCAAGUGAACACUGAAAUUCCUCCAUUGAAAGCGAAAGGAGAUGGAAGCAAGUCAGUGUUACUUGAUGCCUGUAGGCUGGCCAAGUCUUUGCAAUCUCUGGAGUCAGAAAAAUGGAACAAUGAAAAGAAAUGGGAGAUGAUGAGUCAUGUGUGGGUAGAGAUGCUAUGUUAUGCUGCAUGUCACUGUCCACGGAAUGAACAUGCCAAGGAGCUAACGCAAGGUGGAGAGCUGCUCACUCAUGUCUGGCUUCUCAUGGCUCAUUUUGGUAUUACUGAACAUGUAUGCCAGGAUUAGGCUGGUUGUGAAUUAGGAAUGCUGACGACAAAGAGGUUGGGUGGAUUUUCUCCAUUUCCAUGGAAAUUCCUUUUUUCUCAAAAAUGGUUUUCAUUCCUUUCAUGCAAAGGAGUUUCAAUUCAGGUGGUGAGAGUUCCACCAUUGUUGCAUUUUCUUUAAGUUUCAUUUUGAAGGUGGAAUCUUUCCUUAGAAUUGUUACUCCCAUUUGUGCUUUGUUUUAUGUAAGGGGCAUAUGUAGAAUAUAUAUAUGCACCUCUUCCUUACUGUGUUA